AUGUCGAAUGCUGCACAGGUAUUCUUCAGACUUAACAGUCCGCACGGCACAGUUCCCCCCGCGACUACAUUUACAUGGAAGAAUCCACUAGAAACAUUCUGUCUACUCACGUCCGAGUCAAGCAUCCAUCCAGAAGCGUUCCACGACACUCUCAAUCAUUAUUUAUCUCAAACAAUACCCUACGACCACCUCAUUCAACUCAUCGGUUCUUCCAAUGAGUUAAAUUCUCUGACAUUAUUAUUUUCUGAAGUGGUGAUCGAGGAUCUCGUGAAAUACCAGUCGAGCAAAGUUGGCGUUUCGCACCUUCACGGAGUUGUGCAUGAGCAUCUGUAUAUCACGAGCACGUCCAUCAUGAAUUACAAUCUUCAACAGAUUGCUAUAUCUUUCCAAAAUAAUCUUUCUCAAAGUUCUCCACUCCCGGAUAAUGUAUUUCGAUGUGUGAACGCAUGGAUAAACUAUGCGACUAUGGCUAGGAGCAAGUCUCAAGGCCAUAUGGAUUUGAGUGAGACCUUCGAAAUCUUGAUUCAGCUCAUGUGUUUGCAUGACUCGAAUCAAGGAUUGUUUCCCUUUUCAGAAACUGUUGUGUCCAUCCUGGGAGAGAUUUUUGGUAAUGACCCAACCAUGCUGAACUACGAAUUGAGAUCCAGCAUUGAAGAAAUAUUACUUGGCGUUAACAGGUCCUCUAGUAGCAGAAGCGAGAGUCAUCAAUGGAUGCUUCAAUACAUGAAUCAUCUGGUUGUCAAUCAAAUGUUUGAUGAACUAAAGGAGCUUGCUCUUUGUGUUGUGGAUUUUCUGCAGAUCAGUAAUUUAGACGUUUGCAACAAGCUGUUCACCCAGGCGUCGAAUAACAAUACUGAAAAUCUAGACCAAUACAUCAAAGUGUUACUGCAAAUGACUAAUUUUACGCUAGUGCCGGUGUUGGAGGAGUUUUUCUCGGUGCGAAUGGCGGACUUUUGGCUCGACCUUUGCGAUGCUUACAAUAACUUAGUAAGGGAAACAUUCAAACCAGAGACGCCAGAGCUAGCCGCAAACCUUUUUGGCCAAGUGGUUCAAAUUUAUUUGCCAAAAAUUCAAUUAAUCAAUAAGCAAAAAAUAGUGCAAGCGGGAGAAGACGAUUCACUGCUACACGAGUUUGAUGAUUUCCGAGGCGCAAUUCUUGACUUGAUAGAAUCCAUGUGGGCGGUUCUGGGUAAUGAUAAAUUGACAAACGUUCUAAUCGCGAGCAUCGGUCACUUGACGCCAAGUUCGGGGGACGAUCUUUUCCAAAUUGAAGCAAUGUGCUUUUGCCUUAACAAAUUGCUUGUUGAUAUGAAUUUGAGUGAGAGUCCUGGGAUGUGCAAAACUUUGAGUGAGAGCAACUCAUUUUUAACUAAUGUUUUAUUAAUGAUCCAAACCGGAUGUCAGCAAAAGGGGGCAUCUAAUGGGAAAGAUGCUCAGAUCUUAAGCUGCGACCUGGUCAAGACUAGCACUUCUUUACUGGCUACUGUAGCAGAUUAUGUGAAGAAAGACGAAAGAGCACUAGCAAAUUGCAUGGAUGUCUUAUUCAACUCUUUAGAAUCAUGUUCUAAUGCAGAUGAUAUCGAUACUAAGAUUGAACUACUGUUGACUAAAUGUACUACCAGCAUUUGUGAAACUAGCCGACUAGAACUAGCAUCGUAUCUACCAACGUUCAUCAAGAUUCAGAGUUCUAUGGUUCAAAGAAGCUCCAAAGUAUCAGAUUUUACAAAACAAAAAUUUACACGCUGUCUAGGCUACAUUAUUCAGAAUUACACCCAAAACGGACCGGAAGCCCAAGCACAGUACCUGGCUGAAGUAAUCAAUACUAUAAAGGCUGGAAUCAUGAACGCGCCGGAUGAUCGUCAACAAAUCUUGUGUCUGUUGACCUGUUUUUCGGAAUUAGGGUCCGCACUGGUUCCCCCGGAAGAUUCGGACAACCAAUCCUACCUCUCGCAAUUGCCACAAUUUCAAGAGUACUGGAGGGCCGAUCCGCCCCGUUUGCGCGAACUCACUUUGAAUCUGAUAGAGAGCGUGUUGUCGAGGUACGGCCAUGAUGCGGAGUUCAUUGAGGUGACCUGCUUGAUAAUGGGGAAAAAACUGACACUUUCAGAGGAAGAGCCGCAUUUCUUGGCGUACUCUAUGCAGGAGCUGAUGGAUUUCUUAUUGAGACGGUGUGCAAGCUGUGAGCCGUCCACGGGGCUUCCUUACAUCGUGUACCUUCUGGAGAGUGUCGUGAACCGGUACGGGGCUACGAUGACGCCGCAGGACUUUAGCUUUAUGCUCUCUACGUUUUUCUUGGGACAACAUCGCGACGCGGUCGCAAACGACCCGGACCUGACGCAGAUCAUGAUCACAUUUGUGAACUCUGUCUUGGAGACGCGGCCUGGCUUGGCAGUGCACUGCGACCAGUGGACGAGUUUCAUACUGCCCGAGUUUCUGCGGUUUUUGGCCUCCAAGGAGCGCUUCACCAUCAGUGCGGUCACCAAGUUCUGGACCAAGGUCGUGAACAACAAGAAGUUCUCGCGCCACGACGAGGUCACCGUUCGCGAACAAGUGUGUGCUCUGGGUCCACAGCUGACGUCCCAGGCCAUGCGUGCGCUCUUGCACGCCCAGCGGUCCGAUCUGUCCUACUACUCCGAUUUCCUAAGAGCCCUAAUCGCUCGCUACCCGCUGCAAUCGAAGCAAUGGCUCUCCCAGGCUUUGCCACCGUUGUGCGAUAACAACCGUGCUCACCAGUUGCUUGUGGAGAAGCUGUUGGUGACCCGUGGGAGCAGAGCCGCCUCCAAUGCCGUGUUGGAAUGGUGGUUGAACUGCAACGGUCUUCCGCAGCUGACCUGA